CUGGUACCACACACAGCCACCCACACGGUGCUGUACACGCUAGGGCUGGUGCUACACACAGCCACCCACACGGUGCUGUCCACGAUGUAGGAACAUCGAACGGCACGGCCCUUCUGGGCCGGCACCAUACAGUGACAUCCCCGAUAUCACUAUACAAUCAAUAUUUAUGGCCACUAGGCCCCGUACUGUCUUUACAUAUAUACUCCCGGGCUCUUUAGGGACUUAGGACACAGGCCAUCAUAUCUCGGUGCCUUGUUUGAACCUUGUGACCCCUGAGGGUCACUUCCACCAUCAGUGGUUAGAUCUGUUGUUGACUCAAGGUGAUGUUGAAUUUUUUAGGGUGAGCUUGUCGAUUGGUGUCUUAAAACAUGACAUUCAUGUGGGAAAUCACAGCAAUUUCUGUGGUUUUUGGUGGUCUGGGCUGUUGGUUUUGAGGUGUCUGUUCUGGAGGAGCUGUGCGCUAGGUCUUACGGCUGGAGUGAGUGAAGUCCACAAGUCUGCAGUGUCUUGUUAUGUACUAAUGUUGGAUCUCCCCAGCCUGGCAGUUGAAAGAAAUGGGGAAAGUUUAUCAAAUCUCUUCGCCUCUGUUCUCCCAGUAGUAUAAACGUUUACACCACAGUAAAUUGGCAGGUCACGUGUGGUAGGUUACAGUGUGGGUAUUAUUACCUGUUCCAAGACAUGUGGCCAGCAUGGAACAGUAGUCCAAAAACUCUCCAGAAGGGGCAUCUCUAGCAUUCCCUCGUCCCAAUCCAUGCUUUUUGAGCACCAGAAUAUGUUUUUUCCCAGUCCAUAAUUGUUUCAAACCAUUUCAUUGCUGUCUGACAGGGGGAGUGUAUAUAGUGUUUUAGGGUUUGUCAUGUGUUUCUUGAUGUUGCAACAAGCAUCAGAUAAGGGGUAAAGUCUAUUGUGUUGGUGUUUGAGCACAACGUGUUUUUUGUCACCUUGAUUACACUAGCAAAUGUGCACGGAUGGACAAUACUGCAUCCCUACGAAUAAUUGUGGUGCACGUGUCAAUGGCUUCGGUUAUUAAGCUGAGCGGCGAUUUAAGUAAAAUAGCUGCAGACAAUAUGACAGAGGACAGCUCUGGUCACCUCUUUAAGAAUCAUCACAGCUGUUCAAUGCCACGGAACAAAGGAUAGCCAAAAUAAUCAGGCAUCCUACUGAGGCAGACUGAGAUAGACCGAACAUCACUAGGUUGAUAGGGUCAGGUUUUAACAAUGAAUGUUCUGUACCACGUAAGGUGUGACUGAUGCUCUGCCCACACAUACUUGUUGCUACUAUUGCUCCUGCACCUUUUAAAUGAUCUGGGCAAUCCCAGCCCCUUAAUUCCCUAAAUCUAUUAGUUCCACUGACUUAACUAAACAUUUUAAGCAUUUCCUUUUAAUUGAUAAGUGUUUUUUCUAUUAUGACUGUCUAUUACGGAUGCAAUUUAGGCGUCACAAUUUUAUUUAAAUGAACAAUAAUUGUCAUACAUCAUAUACUAAUAAUACAAAUACCUAAAAGCACUCUUUACUAUUUGGGAAAAAAAAAGUACGUUAGGUGUUCGGCUACAUUGAAAGUUCAUUUUAAAACGUCUUCGUCUCUCUGUCCCCCCCUGUCUCUGCUUCUGUCUCUUGUCUCCCCUUUUCUCUCUCUGACCCUGUCUCUUUUCCAGGCUUCCUCUGUCUAACUAUAUGUUUGUCUCUGUGUCUCGUUCGUAUUUGUCUUGCUGUCUCUUGCUUCAUCUCCGUCAUUCUCCCUCAUUCAUUUGUCUCUUCUUUCUGUGUCUUUCUGUCUGCCCCCUCGACUCUCCUGCCUCCACUGUGAGACGUGGUGGUCACAUGACUAACAGUGGUCAUUAGCGCUUACAAUUAUUGGCUUUACAUUUUUUAUUGUUACUAUUUGGUCAAAAUUGACACUAUUUAAAGAUAAUUUGAAGAAAAAGUUAACAUUUGAUGCACCGCUAAAUCUUAACGUACAAUAUUUGAUGCAUAUUCCGUAUCUGAGACUUAUUGAUCAAUAUGAAUUGAGAAAUGCAUACAUUUUACACCUCUAAUGUGCAUGUGUAUAAAAUGUAGUCCAUAGGUUUGUUAAAAAAAUAAUUGAAUGCAUAUACUUGUCAGUUAAGAAAACUAUUAACAUGAAUACCACGAUAAACCAAAUGUCCACAGCGUUUAUAGAGUAUAGUUACCUAAAAAGCUAUUCUGGAUAUUAUAUAUCCACAAGUAAAGUAAGAAUCCAGAAUUGUUGACGCUGAUAAACUGUGGGAAAACACAGGCGUGAUUAAUUUAUUAAUGCUAGUUUUAUUGAGAGCACUUUAUGCUGAUUGCUAGCACGCUUGUGUGCUCCGUAACUGGGCAACCUCAAGUGAUGGACUUUGUUAAGAUUAUAGAGAGAGAGAUGUUGUGCUUUGCCACCGUCCCAGUUGCUAAUUUUGUGUGCGUACAGUCGCCAUGUCCAGCCAUCGUAGCCAGCCAUUUUUAAAUCCUUCAGCUUGGGAUUAUACAACCUCAGCAGCGCUAACUCGUAACAUUUUUUUUCUCUGUCAAAAUUGUUUGCGUUCAUUGGCACGGCUGUAAGGAGUUACCCUAGCAGCACUAUAUUUUCAGGAAAAAAAUUGAGCGUGACAUUCUUAAAGCAAUCACGGAAUAACUUGAAAUAAUUACACGUAAUGCUUGUGUUGCACUAUGUCAUGACGUAACCUUUAAAAUGUUACCAAAUGUAGAAACGAACAUUUGUGUAGAUUUACCUCUCCACACCACCCCCCUACAUACAUGUCACAAAAUUAUACUGGGGAAUGGUAGCUCCAAUCACAACACAUGGAAUAUUGCAACAGAAGCUUUUCUCUUUGUACUUAUGUUUAGAGUUUUUUACGUGUUUAAUCAGGAACCCAUAUCCGAAGUUUAGUUGAAUUUUUCCAGAUUGCAAACAAAUUCCUUUUCGGGGUUUUUUGGAACACGUUUUGGAUAGUUGCGGCCUGAAUUUUGAAUUGUAUUGAAAGCACAAUUCUAGCCACAUCUUGUUUACAAAACCCAACAAGAGAGUUCACUCGGUUCAUGCCUGGAAUUGUUUUUAAUGAACGUUUUAUGUGUUGUGAUGACAUGCUGUCUCUUUUAACGGUUUUGGUAAUUUCUGUAUAAAUAUGUUUUCAUUUAUUAAGGACACUGUGACAACUUGAAAUAACUGCAUCGGUACAGGUGUUGAGAAGUUCCCGACGACUCGCUCGGAAGCUGAGCAGCAAGCGAACGGCCAGCGGCAGCAGCAGCAGCAGCAGCACGCGCCGCAGCCGAUGAUGUCGACGCCGCUGCCUCCCUUGCCGCCUCCCAGCGCUGCACAGUGGCUUCACCCGGGCUCUUCUCCCCAUCCACCGGGCCAGGUUUUCUUCCGUGAGCCUGGCUGGCACUCUGGGUCUCCCAGUCCCAAACCUGCUGAGCACGUGUUCUCCAUCCACAGAUCCAGCUCAGACCCAGAGGCGCCCGAGGCAGGCGGCGGUUCGUGCACGGGAGGCAGGGGGCCCGGGGGGUGCGAGCCGGUGUCGGGUGGCUCCACGUGCAGCUCCCCGACGGCGGCCGUGAGCCCACGCUCGCUGCGCGAGACGCACUACUGCGCCGUGUGCAGCGACCUGGCGUCCGGAUACCACUAUGGCGUGUGGUCGUGCGAGGGCUGCAAGGCGUUCUUCAAGCGCAGCAUACAAGGCAAGACAAACUACAUCUGCCCAGCUACAAACCAGUGUACGAUUGACAAGAACCGGCGGAAGAGCUGCCAGGCGUGUCGGCUCCGCAAGUGCCACGAGGUCGGGAUGGUUCGAGAUGCGUGCCGCAGGGACCGCAGGGGUGGCGGCGGAGCGCUGAGAGGACCGGCCGGCGCCGCUGCGCGCAACCCUGCGCAGAACCCUCCCAACCACAAGCGCAGCUGCAGCGAGACGGACAGCGCGACCGGGCGGCCCAGCCCGGCGCCGGCCGCCGCCUCGCCGGAGGCCCCCGAGUGCAAGCGCAACCCGUCGGAGCCCCCGGCGGUCAACCAGAUGCUCACUUCCUUGAUGGAGGCGGAGCCGCCCAAGGUGUUGUCUUUGCAGGAGUCCAAGCAGCCAUUCUCCGAGGCCUCGCUCAUGAAUGUGCUCACCAACCUGGCCGACCGAGAGCUCGUGCACAUGAUCGCCUGGGCCAAAAAGAUCCCGGGCUUCAUGGACAUCAACCUGGAGGACCAGGUACAGCUACUGGAGUCUUGCUGGCUGGAAGUGCUCAUGGUGGGACUCAUUUGGAGGUCCAUGACCCAUCCUGGCAAGCUGGUCUUUGCCGCUGACCUGGUGCUCGAGAGGGACGACGGCUGUUGCGUGGAAGGCAUCGUGGACAUCUUUGACCUGCUCUUGCGGACAGCCUCUCAGUUCAUCGAGCUCAGCGUGACUCUGGAGGAGUUCAUCUGCCUCAAGGCCAUGGUGCUGCUGAACUCGAGCCUGUUUCCGGUGCUGCCCCCACCAUCAGCACCGCCACCCACGUCAAUUUCACAACCCAUCCCUAUGCUGUCCGGAAUGGGCCCUGCUGCUCUUGCUACUGCUACAGCCACCGCCGCCGCCACCGACACCACAUCCCCUUCGGUUUCAGCACAAGCCACAGCCACCGCCAUCACGACCCCUCACCCCGCCGACCCUUGCUCCAUGUCCAUUGCCGACGUGGCGUCGACGCUGCCCCAAAUGUCGCCAGGCCAGGCUGUCUAUUCACUGGAGGGCCGGAGAAGCGAGCAGGGUUCCGGCAGUAGCAGCAGCAGCAGCAGCAGCGAGAAGGUGCGGCGCAUCCUGGACGGCGUGACGGAUGCGCUGGCAUGGCACAUGGCUCAGUCGGACAUCCCCGUGAUGGAGCGUCCCCGUCGCCUCGUCUGCCUCCUGCUGCUACUCUCGCACAUCCGCUUCAUCGGCAACAAAGGGAUCCAGCAUCUGUACAACAUCAAGCGCAAGAACGUGGUGCCGCUGUACGACCUGCUUCUCGAGAUGCUGGAUGCGAAUGUGCUGAGCGAGCACAGCGCGUGUUCCAAGAUAUCCCAGGCAACUGGCACCCAGGACACUGGCAGCGGCGGCGGUGGUGGAGGUGGCAGCCAGUGCAAGGCCAUGGAGAACUCGCGCAACUCAGUCAAGUCCCCCGCUUUGCAGUCGAAUGACGAGCCGCCAUCGGCAAAGAUCAGGAUGACGAUGGGCAGCGAGCAACCCUUUGACGCUCUGGGUUGACUGAGUGAGGCGUCGAUCCGCAUGUGUGAUGUACACGCCGUGUGAAAACACUACGCCCAGGCCAUUUUGUAUCCAAAUAUCAACUGUCACUGUGGGUGUUUUUUUUCUUUGUUUGUUCGCUCCGAAUAGUCGCCGAGAUAUUACAGGAUUCGAUUUUCCUAACUUAUGAGCUUCAGACGAAAGAGACGGGUCAAAUCAAGGUACGCCCAGCUGGUGGAAAAAUCAGACAUGCGGUAAAUGUUUGCGAGUGGUCUGAAAGGCUCGUGAAGACUCGUCGUGGUUGCAUUAGAAAACUUGGGCAUUUGUGAGGUCUGUUUAAUUGGUGUAUUCUUUGUUCCACAUCGAUUGUUGUAAACAUACGUGAUGGUGCAUAACAUUUAUAUAUUUUGAGAGUACCCUGACCACCGCGUAGCGCCACACCUUGUUGAUUAAUUGCACUCUGGUUUCUUUCGACUAAUUGUGUAGCUCAGGGGUGCUCAACCAGAUGACGUGGCAUUCUGUAUGGAGUGUUUUGGACUUGGAAAUCCACACACGCGCGCGCACGUGUGUCGGAGCCUUGACGAUCUGGACCUCAGAUUCCCGGAUGCUUUAAAAAAAAUCCCGAUGUCUGUACCGUCAAUCGCAUUGUCAUGUAUAUGAAUAGGUGGCCACGGAACUUGACAAAACAUUUAAUUGUGCAACUGGUUCCUUAAAAAAAAAGUGCCAGCAUGUAUUUGCUGAGUCGUCAUCCGAUUGGCUAAAUAAUUUCGGCCUGAAUAACUUAAUUUUUGUUCUUCGUUGGCCACACGAAGUUAGCAUCAUUAUCGAAGGUAUACCAGGUAUACCGUGAUUGACUAAGUUUUAGCCAAUUCCACUUAUAUGUAUUAAAAAAAUGUUUGCAAAUGUACUCGCAUCCAUUAUGUGCACCCAUAUUGGGUACAUGAAAAACCUGGAAAUAUUUGGACCAUUUAUAUAACAAGCUCUGCACUUGCAUAUCCUGGCAUUGUUCAAAUCCAGAUUACUAUACAUCUCAUUUAUUGCUACAUUGGGAUUUUUUGAGGUUGUGUUUUUUUAAUUGCGUGUGUGUACAUAUACACAGGCACACAAAUGUAUAUUUGUAUUGCUGUCUCAAGAUUAGGAGCUAGUAUAUUUAAAAUAUCUAUAUUGACAGUAACCAUCAGAGGUUGUUCUUUCUAAAAAAAAAUAAUAAUUUUGUAAUAAGGCUAAUUAAAACAAAAAAUCACUAAAUUGGGCAGUAUGUCACUGCUCAAGCCUCACAAUGUGGAUAUUUCUGAACAUUCUCAUGCAGUGCACUCUUCGUCUGCUGCUUACACGCUGGAUAUAUUGCAAUAGCGGCACUAGCAAUGCAAGUCAAUGCAUGCAGGGAGAAACUGCAACCGGUUUUGGGUGUGGUUGCCAACUUGUUGUUCUUUCCCCCCCCCCCCCCCCCCCCGAAAUUUUCCGCGGUCUGUUUCUGAUGCCGAGCAAAACGCGCGUCGAUAAAUUGACACCUCCGAUGUUGUAAAACGCGACUCUGUGUUUGGUCUCGAUGCCAACUAAUGAUAGAGAGUGAGUGAGUGCGUGCGUGCGUGCGGGUUGAAAAGCGCACGAGCAUGGGAUGGUCUUUUUGUUCCAAUCGGGAAAAAGGGGGAGACGGCACCACUCUUGAAGAAGUAAAACAAUCAAGCACAAUCGCCGCACGAGUCCUCGCAUAAAUGGAACGCUGCGCGCGCGCGGUGCCGUUGCACGGUGGUGCAAGUGCUGGCGUGCACGGACGGACGGGCAACGCACAGGGGAAGUGUUUCUCCCAGUUGGAAACUGCUGCUAGCUUUGUUGCCGAAACAACGUUUUUUUUGCUGCUGCUGUAAAGCUUAAUCAAAGUACCGUCAGCUUGGACAUGUCGCUUUUUAUUUUAAAAUGCUGUUCGUAGCACAAUUUGCCAAAGCAAUGGAUAGUGUUGCAAAUUGAAGAUGGUUGCUGCUAAGGUGCAUUAUGACGUACGUUGCUCGUGUCACCCCCCCCCCUUCCCCCCACGGCAAUUAUUGCAACAUUCCAUGGCAGUGAAGGCACAUAUCGGUAAUGUAUUGGUGUGACCUUAUGGUUCCAAUUCACUUCACUGUGUAAGGGUAGCGUACUUUUACAACGUAAACGCAAAAUGGAUAUUUGUUGAUGUCGUUGUAGCCGUAGUCAUUAUUGUUGUUCUUAAACUGUCGGUUACAAUCAAAAAAAAUUGUGUACGUGUAUUAAAAAGACAAUGGAGCAGUGGUUGGCUUGACUUGAUGGUAAAAGUGAGCAUUGUUUCUAAAAGGACUGUUUAAUCAGCCUGUGACACUCCGAAUGGUGUUUAUCUGAUUAGCCAAGGCAUUUGUAGCGUAGCUCUAGGCCUGGCUGAUUUAACAAAGCAAUUUCUUGCUCGGGCAUUCUCGACUGCUGUGCAGUGACGAACGCCGGUUCAUACACCUGCUACCAUAAUUGUCGUGAACUUUUCCUAGUGUAUACUUUUAGUGUUUCGUUUUUUUAGGGGGAAAUAUUGCUCGUUAUAUAUGAAAAUAAUUACAAUUAUGGGCGCAGUUGUACGUUCCGGCGUUAAAGUGGCGCUGCAUGCAUCGGAGCAUUAAGAGGGCCAGUCUGAACUGACUGGCACUUAGGGUAAAAAAAAGUUGCACUGUGUUUGGGAGCUGCACUAUAAUAUUUAGAGGAUCGCCUCUGUAAAAGCCUGCAGAGUGAGCCGAAGUGGAAUGCCUUUGACACGAUGGUUUUGAAACGUAGCCAACUGAAUACCGCGUGCAUAAUGAUGUAUAUGCAAUGUUCACACAAUUUAGGAAAUAAUGAUCAUUCUACAGCAAGACAACUUUUUGUGCACCUUAGUGGAGCCUGGUGGCAGAUCAAAAAUAUCGUAUAGUGCAGAUUCGUGCGUGUAAACGCAUCGCCGGCUCAGUAGUUCUGUAGCAAAACGUUCAGUCACCUGUCGCAUGUGCUUGGUUUAAAAAAAAAAGCCUUCUUUGGCACGUGUAAGAAAGGGGCUUUGUGAAUGCCGACUGUGCCAGUAGUAGGCCGUAUUUUCUGGAUUACAUUAUGGGUGGCCACACAUUUGUAAGCAAACAAAGCAAUGACGAACCAAGGAGGAAACAAGCCAGUAAAACAACCGUCAAGGAUACAUUAAAUGGGGGUUAUUUUGUACUUGUAACAACUCGUAACUUUGUGUACCUGCUUAACACUUUCUGUAGACCGUUGGCUGUAUUUUUAAGCGAAUGACCACACUUGAGCCUCGUCAACAGGGCUCCUGGUGGUAGAGAGUGAUAGGUGUUGGUACACAAAGCAAAGGAGUUAGAUGGGGGAGAAGAGGGCAUUUUUGUGGAGAAAACCAGGGGUCAGGGAGAAGGCAUGCGGUAGAUUGUACAAAGAGGGCUCGUAUGCUGUCAUGAAUGCUGCCUUGUGACUUUUAGUAGUCAUUUUGUAAGCAGAAUACUAUGGGUACAUUACUAAUAUAAUGUAUUUUUUAGCCAAUUAAAUGUUCUGUGAGCCAUGUGCCAUA